AGGAACGGUUGCGCCGGUCGAUAGCUGCGCACGUUCAACGCGAAGGCACACAGAUACAAAGUGAAGUGAAGUGCGCGUGUGUGUGUGUGACAGUUGUUGGUAACACAGCGACGACUCUCAUGAAAGCCAGUUCGGUGUGAGCGCGCGCGUUUAUCUGUUUGCAGUUCAAAAUGACGCACAAAUUUAAAUAUCGUGAUAAACUAAAAUGUCUAAGCGGCUUGCUGUUACUUUUGUUGCUGCCCUCGCUGGCAAAUGCACAAACGCGUGAUCCACGUUUCUAUUCACGUGUCGGCGUUGACUAUCAGUGGCCCAGUCCCGGUGAUCCCGACUACAGAACUUAUACAUUCAACGAUCGGCGCUAUGGACACUAUCAGCCAAAUGGCUAUGGCGCCAAUUAUCCAGGCAGAAAUCCACCUGGACAAUAUCCGCAGGGCAUGCCCAAUGAAGAUCGCUUUCGCUUUGAUCCGAAUGAUCCAAAUGCGCGCACACCCUUUCCAGGCGUCUUGGCGGGCUGGCGAGAGGAUCUGCAGGGCAAGCAGCGACGCGAUUCGUUGACGCUGGAACGGGAUGUGUUUGUGACUACCAACUAUGGUCAGGUGCAGGGCUUCAAGGUGUACAUGUAUGACAAUCCCGAUCCGAAAUCAUUUUACCGGCCCUAUCACUCGACGGUGGAUCGCGUUAUGGGCGAAUGCUCCGUAUUCUUAGGCAUUCCAUAUGCCAUGCCGCCCACAUUCGAAGGACGCUUCAAGCCACCCAGAGUGCAUCGUGGCUGGCAACUGUUGCAAGCAGUGGACUUUGGUCCGGCUUGUCCACAGCCCGUGCGUUAUACGGGCGCUACCAAAGGCGUCAUGGAUAUGGACGAGGACUGUCUAUAUCUUAAUGUGUAUUCACCCAAGACUGGCGCUGGCGUAGCUCAAAAGUAUCCCGUUAUGGUUUACAUACACGGCGGCGAAUUUGUGCGUGGCGCCUCCAACUUGUUCCAGGGCCACAUACUCGCCUCGUUCUACGAUGUGGUAGUGGUGACGCUUAACUAUCGCCUUGGGGCUUUGGGUUUUCUCUCCACUGCGGAUGAGAACUCGCCUGGCAACUACGGCAUACUGGAUCAGGCGAUGGCGCUGAAGUGGGUGCAUGACAACAUUGAGUUCUUCAAUGGCGAUCGCGACUCCAUCACAUUGUUUGGCCCGGGCGCAGGCGCUGCCUCAGCUGGGCUGCUUAUGGUGGCGCCACAGACGCGUCAUAUUGUCAAGCGGGUUAUAGCGCAGUCCGGCUCGCCGCUGGCAGAUUGGGCGCUCAUACAAGACAAGUAUAGAGCGCAGAACACGAGCCGUGUGCUGGGUCAGGUGCUGGGCUGCUCCAUAGACUCAUCUUGGAAGCUUGUCAACUGUUUGCGCACUGGACGCAGCUUCUAUGAGCUGGGCAAUGCAGAGUUCUCGCCGCAGGUGGGCAGCUUUCCCUGGGGCCCGGUGCUGGAUCAUAACUUUACGCUGCCUGGCGAUGAUUGGUACGAGGGCUGGCGCUCCAAGGACUGGCGCUUCCUCAGCCAAACGCCAGAGACUCUUAUACGCGCCGGACGCUUCAAUCGCAACAUACAAUACAUGACGGGAGUGACCACACAGGAGGCGGCGUUCUUUAUUUCCCAAAACGAAUCGCUGGCGCCCUACUAUGAGCUCAACGAGCGUUUCUUUGAGCAAAAGCUGCGUGAGCAUGUCUUCCGCUACAACUACACGCUCAAUCCGAAUGGUGUCUAUGAAGCCAUCAAGUACAUGUACACCUACUGGCCAGAUCCGCACAAUACGACGCUCAUACGCGAGCAGUACAUCAAUUUGCUUAGCGAUCUUUACUAUCGCGCUCCGGUGGAUCAAAUGGUUAAGCUGCUGCUGGAGCAGAAGGUGCCUGUUUAUAUGUAUGUGCUUAACACCACCGUCGAGGCAUUCAACUAUCCACAGUGGCGCAAAUAUCCGCACGAUAUUGAGCAUUAUUUUUUGACUGGCGCGCCCUUUAUGGACACCGAGUUCUUUCCCAAAAAGGAGCAUCUGCAGCGCAACAUGUGGACAGAUAAUGAUCGCAAUAUGAGUCACUUUUUCAUGCAGACCUUUAGCAACUUUGCUAGAUAUGGCAAUCCCACUCCUCAGCAGGUGCUUGGCAUGCACUUUCAGCGUGCUUACAAUGGCGAAAUACGCUACCUCAACAUCAAUACCACCUUCAACUCGUCCAUACUGCUGAACUAUCGCCAAACGGAGAGCGCCUUCUGGACACAGUACCUGCCCACAGUCAUAGGCGUGCUGGUGCCCACAUAUCCGCCUACGACUGAGUACUGGUGGGAGCCCAAGGAACCGCUGCAGAUUGCCUUCUGGAGCAUGUCGGUCGCUUGCUUCUUUCUCAUUGUGCUGGUCGUCAUUUGCUGCAUCAUGUGGCGCAAUGCCAAACGCCAGUCGGAUCGCUUUUAUGACGAGGAUGCUUUUAUCAACGGCGAUGGCUUGGAGCCGGACACAGAUGCGCGUGGUGUGGAUAAUGCGCAUAUGGUGACCAAUCAUCAUGCGCUGCGUUCACGCGACAAUAUCUACGAGUUCAGAGAUUCGCCAUCGAGCAAGACGCUGGCCAGCAAAGCGCAAACGGACACCACAUCGCUGCGUUCUCCCAGCUCGCUGGCCAUGACACAAAAGAGCGGCAGCCAGAAUUCGCUCAAGUCUGGCAUUUCGCUUAAGGAAACCAAUGGCCAUGUGCUGAAGCAGCAGCCGCCACGCUCACAGUCCAAUGGCGCUGUAAGCAAAUCAUCGCUGCCGCCGCCUGUGGAGGAGAAGCGUUUGCUGCAGCCCAUUUCCAGCACGCCCGUGCCGCAACUGCAGUCGGAGCCCACAAAGCGCACGCCCACUGUAUCCGCUAGCGUAGCCAGCAGCAGUCGCAGCACCACGCCCGUGCCCUCGCAGCGCACUACAACAACAACAGUAACUGCUGCCUCGAGUGUGCAGCCCGCAGUGCAGCCAAGACGCACUCAACUGGUGGAAGGCGUGCCACAGACAUCUGUCUAAGUAACCGCUCUCUAAGCGUGGGAUGCGCUUAGAGAGUUAAAUGCAAGCAAACAAUUAGUUAAGGAUCAGCCAGCACUAGCCAGCGUUUUGGCUGGUUGGCAGCUUUUAGUUUUUAGUGUUUGUUUUAUGUUUAGUUUGUAAUUAAUAUUUAUACAGAUCUGUAAGAUCUCUUCACACAUUUUAGUUGUAUUUGUUUUUUUAACGUCGUUUAUUUGUUAAGUUCGAUAAACCCAACGAAUACGAAUCCAUAUCAAUGACAUUCCAUCGCAUAAGCUGCUGCCUUGCAAUCGAAGGAGGCGACGCCUAUGCAUGUAUAUAACAUUCUAUAAUUUAAGACAUUGUUUCUAAAUUUCUAAUUUAUGACAGAAUCGAAAGAACAAACUGUAUUUUAGUUUAAACAUUUUGUAUGCAUUACAAUAUUUAUAAAAUUUUAUUUAAGCUUAUACAUUUUGAUUAUGCUGUACGCUUUUGAUUUUUAAUUAAAAAAUAUAUAAGUGCCUCUGCUAACUCGUCGUCUAGCUUAACAUUAAGUGCCUUAGCAACUAGAUUUUAUAUAUGUUUUAUGUGUCGCAUAUAUAGCACAAACAAUGACCAUACCAAUCAGUGUGAACCGUCCAAUAAUUUUUUAUGUUUUCCAUAUGCAACGUGUAAAUCCAUUUAUUGUAUAUGUAUUGAACACAUUUUGUAUAUAACAACUUAUAUGUGCGAAAACAUAAGAAAUACACUUAGUUUAUAUGUUUAAUCUAAUUCUUCUCAUACGCAUUUUACACGUAAUUUGUAUUUUGUCCAAUCAAAUAUAUGUAACUGUAACUGUAACUGUA